AUGGGUUCAGCCACAGAGAUUCCAGCAUACACUAGAAAGACCGUCUUGGUCACUGGAGCAGCUGGGACACUCGGCCAAGCGACUGCAAUCUCGUUUGCUGCCGCAGGAAUUGCCCGUCUUGCCCUCGUUGACCACGUCAACGUUUCGGAUACCCACGAAAAGGUGGUCCAGGCAGCCAUCGACGUCGGUAAACCGGCACCCGAUGUGCUUGCUUUGACCAUCGAUGUCUGUGAUGCCGCGAGCGUCGAAGCAGGCGUACGAGAGGUGAGCUCGAUGUGGGGUCAUGUCGACACUUUUAUCAACAUCGCAGCUUCUUCGCCUAAACCCGUCAUCCCUCAGGGCGAUGUAACUGGAUUGAGAGACGUGGAUACCUGGUGGAAGGUCUGGGAGGCCAACGUCAAGGGUAUUAGCCUCAUGGCUCGGGCCCUGGUGCCCCUUCUUUCGCGCAGCUGUGAAAGGACGAUCGUGAAUGCGGUUCCUGUGUUCUCCGUCAAUCCCGCGGCGCCUCCAAGCGACAAUCAAUUGUCUGUGUUAGCCUCUACGCGGCUUUCUGAGAGUUUGAUGCUCGACUUCGCGCAUGAGGGCGUCCUUGUUUACUCUGUGAACCCAGAAAUCAAUCUGGAGGGAAGAAUGCCAGAGGCCACGAGACAAGUCAAUACUGAAUGCGGCGAUGUCAUUGUCCAUUUGGCCGGCAAGCGGCGCGAAUGGCUUGCAGGGAGACAUAUUGGGAGCGUGGAGGACUUGCUUGAGCUGCAGGUCCGUGACGAAGACUUGGAUGGCAAUCCUCUUCCAAAGAUGCAGCCUCCAACUGAGAUAGUUCCUUUCAAAAGUGAAACUUUUGUGCCGUCCUGGACAUCCAGGAGGGGAAGAGUGCCUCGUAGUAGUUACUGA